AUGAAAGUUGAAGUUGGGAGCAAAGAAAUAGUGAGGCCAUCUUCUCCCACUCCUCAAAGUCUCAACAAUUACAAACUCUCUUUUAUAGAUCAACUAGAUCUCAACGUCAGGAGUCCAUUCGUCUUCUUCUACGACUCAGGAGGAGCUUGUCAUCAUACCAACACAAUUGAUGAGCUGAAGAAAUCACUCUCCAAAACCCUGUCUCUAAUGUACCCGCUGGCGGGGAGGGUGAAGGAGGACAAGGUAACAAUCGAAUGUAACGACGAAGGCGUCGAGUUUAUUGUGGCCGAUAUUGCUGAAAACAUGUCUUCUUUGCUGGAAAAUCCUGAAAUGGAGAAGAUUAAGCAGCUGAUUCCUAGUGCAAAGGUUUACGAGCCACAACCGGUAGGAAAGGCACUGGUCGCGAUUCAGGUGAACCGGUUUAGCUGCGGGGGAAUGGGUUUGGGAUUUUCCGUUUCACACGCCAUAGCCGAUGCUUCCGCCUUUGCCACCUUCUUUGAAACUUGGGGAUCCAUCAACCGCGGCUGUGCUGUGAAUGGAAGUGGAUUCGUUUACGAUCACUCCAGCAUCUUAUUCCCUCCCUUGACGGAUACUUCUGCAAUUGAACGGUUAAUGAAGAUGGGGGCAAAGGCAAUCAAGCAGGAAGAGAAAAACAUGAUUGUUAAAAGGUUCGUCAUUCCUGCCAACGCCAUAGCUCAACUCAGACAAGAUUUAACGACUACCGGCUCAGUUCAACGGCCGUCUCGCGUGGAGGCGUUAACGGCAUUAGUAUGGGCGGCUGUGAUAAACGCAACUCCAACUCAAACUGUCACGUUAUCCUGCAUAGUGCAUGGUGAACUUGCGGAGCAAGAUGGAGCCGCCGCUGCCGCCAAACUGUCUAGGGAGCUUGUCCUACGGAGCCACCGUUCACUGCGAGGAGGCGAAAGAUGGCGGCACCGUCGUAACCGCCGUUGAAUUGGUGCAGAGGAUACGCGAUGCUUUCCGAGCUGUGAACGACGGAGCGGCAAGGAAGGUGUACGGCGAAGGCGGGUUGUUGCGUGCGGUGAUUGCCACAGGUGAUGAAAUUGUGCGCAACAAUGAUUGUUCAACGUUGUCCACAAGCAGUCUGUGUAGAAUGCCGUAUUACGAAGUUGAUUUUGGGUGGGGGAAGCCAAGACUGGUGGUCAAUAUGAUUAUUAAUUCAAGGGUGAUUUUCUUAGACGCCAUUAAUGGAGCAGUAGAAGUUUGGAUGGUAUUGCCUAACCAAGUUAUGCACACAUUAACGCAAAACCACCACUUUCUUGCUUAUGUUUCUCCCUUUCCUAAACCAAAGCUAUGAAUGCAUGGGAUUGAAUAAAACAAAUAAUAACUGGUUAUCCCAAAUGAGAGGUCAUGGGAUUGAGUUUCGGUGGAAG